AUAAAGCCAGCACUUCAGUGGUUAGACAGGGAUACAUAUUUGCGAAUUAUAGAAUCGAGCGGCUAAACGCGCUAGCAUACCUUCAGGGAAAUUUAACAAGACUCAUAGCCAUAAUUCGUAGCUAGCUAACACAAAGACAGCUGAUACAUAAUUAUUUUCGAAUGUCAUAUUUGUUUAAAAGCUAGAGUCAAGGGAAAGUGGUCUAUCAGUGUAAAAAGCAACAAAUGGCAGAGAUACGAAAAAAGCUGGUCGUCGUCGGUGACGGCGCGUGUGGGAAAACCUGCUUGCUGAUUGUAUUCAGCAAAGACGAGUUUCCUGAGGUCUAUGUGCCAACUGUAUUUGAUAACUAUGUGGCGGACAUUGAAGUGGACACCAAGCAAGUCCAACUAGCACUAUGGGACACGGCUGGACAGGAGGACUACGACCGCCUUCGCCCGCUGUCCUAUCCGGACACCGAUGUCAUCCUGAUGUGCUUUUCCGUGGACAGCCCGGACUCCCUCGAAAACAUCCCCGAGAAAUGGGUGCCAGAGGUUAAGCACUUUUGUCCCAACGUGCCAAUUAUUUUAGUCGCCAACAAGAGAGACUUGCGCAACGACGAGAUUGUUAGGACCGAGCUGUCCAGAAUGAAACAGGAACCCGUGAAAACAGAGGACGGGCGCGCCAUGGCCGUGCGCAUUAGUGCAUAUGACUAUUUGGAGUGUUCUGCUAAAACAAAGGAUGGUAUUCGGGAGGUGUUCGACACUGCGACACGUGCAGCUUUACAGAAGAGAUCAAAACCCUCCAACGGUUGUGUAAACUGCUGUCUGUUGUUGUGAUUUAAUAAACGGCUGACGUAAGCGAUAAUACAGGCCCACGGCUGCCAACACCAUCAAUACCUGUUGUCCUUGUGCUUGAAAAGUAAAAAAUAAAAAACGACUCUGCAUGCCUCUCAUUAAAGACUUUCUUGCGAGCCAGUAGCAUAAUGUUCAAAAUAAAUGAUAAUCCGAUUAUAGAUCAUCAUCUGGAUCUAUUCUGACCAAUUUACCUUAUUUGACUCGAAUAUAUAAUCAAAUACAAGUACAACGGACACUCCCUGUGAUUAUAAUUUACUGAAGAAAUACGUUUGUCAAAUAUUCAAGAUGCUGCCUGAAAUUAUGCUGUAGUCUUUGAGGAUCUUGUUCCAAGUAGCCUACUUGAGUGUCUGGGACCAAGGCAUGUUGAUAUGCAACCAGUGUGUUUGGCAAUUUAUGGAAUCUGUGGAGGGAAAUAUAGGCCUAUAGCUGAAAGCAGUGUUCAAAAGGGAAAAGCAAUGUACAACCUCGGGUUUUAGUGAAGGCUUUAUCCCCUUAUAUGGUCACAUUGCAUUAUUAAUGUGAAAGAGGUUAUUGUCCAGUUUUCAAGCCAAGAUUCUACUUACUCAAAGUGUUGGAGCCUACAUGACUGUUUUGAAUUGUAAGCCUUAGACAUUUUUUGGGGGGCCAAGCUGCUCUCAAACUGAUCAAAAAGGCUGUCCAUCCUGCCUCCAGUGGGGUUUUUGUUGUGUGUAAAUUGUUGACAUUGCAUUAAGAUGACAGGGUCUGCAGCACUGUGUAAAGAAUGAAUGCAAUUAUUUCACAUAUUGUAUAUGGAGUUUCAAAAAGACCCCAAUAGUGCAAUAUGUUUUUAUGUCUUCAAGUUUGUGUCACAGUUAUUUUUAUUGUUUUUAAAUAAAGAUAUGAUCAUAAUGUAUAACCUAGUGCCAGUGGUUGGCCUCUGCUGGGGAUGUAAACUGUAAAUGCACAUGGGAAAACCUCAUUAUUUUACUUUUGUGUAUAACUAUCUGUCCCAUGAUUGAUAGGGACAGUUUCAUAGUGGAUCAUCAUAGCAAGAAUUAACUCCGAAGUCAGGAAUUUAAGGUCACCAGCAAUAUAGAGAUCCCCCAAAAAAUAUUUCAACCUUGACCUAUGUGUCUCGUAUUCCUCAGGGUCACAAAGCAAUCAACUUAUGUAAUGCAAUUAUAGCUUACUGCUGGCAGCAGCUCACCCACAUCAUGCAUGUUUUCACUUCAGUCUUGUUUAGGAUUAAUGGCAACACAAUUCAGGACAAGACCAACUACCCCUGAUGCAGGAAGGGGUUAGGUGGUGUGGAAAGCUAUCAAAAGCAAGAGGAGAAAUAAAAGAAAAAAACAAUACUGGAAAUAGUAUUACAGCACAAUAAGAGGAAAUGAGCUCAAAGGACAGAGCACACAGAUAAAGACAGAGCAAACAGGAUGACUGGGAGACUGCUUUCCAUUACACCCCAACUACAUAGAAACGACUGGAAGCACUGGUUAUCAUGAAACGUGACAUCAAACGGUAUCUUAAUGCAAUCAUUUGGACCGAAUGGUGUGUGUACCUCAAAACCCCCUCUAACUGUCUGAAGAAGGGUGACAAAGGCGUUGAAGGAGGCUUUCCAAACCACUUCUACCGAGAGAAAAGAACCAAGCCAGAAAUUGGUGUACAGUAUCAGAUCUAAGCUAUCAACUGCUUUUCUUUCAUGGUUCUCUCAUACUGUGAUGAGUCCACUUGGAGUGAUCAUGGAGGAAGAUCUGUUCUAACAUUUUCUUAUGAUGCUGGUAUAUUGGUUGACGAAUGGACAAGACAUGAGUGGUAAAGAUGAGACAUUGAAAUUGGGACAUUAUCAUGUGCCGUCCACUUUGAACUGUAAAGCUAUCUGAAGAAAAAUGAAGAUGCCAGAAGAUGCCGUGCCUGUGUAAGGGGGGUUUGGUCAACUGUGCCAUUAAAAUUGUUUAUACUUUUGUGGUAUCAGGUUGAUUGAAGAGGUCUACACCAUGUAAAUUGUAGUAAUUUAGAUUAAGAAUGCAUUGAGAUACUGAUCUGUAUUAUAAUCAUGAUUUAAAAAGUUAAUAGUAGAAUUAUGGGAUAAUUAUACUGUAUGUAAAUCUGCUAAUAUUGAUGUGUGUUAAAUUGAGGUUUUUACUUUGAGUGAUAAGACAAAUUUGAAUCACUGUGGAAUGAUAUUCUAAAUAUUGGUUUGAUAAAUAGUUGGGUUGUUACUUAUGAUUUGGAAUAUGAAUGAUUUCAAUGACCUAUUCUAUAUUCCUAAGUAUAUUUCUGAGCAUGAGUACUUAGAAGGAUGUCUGUCCUAUAUGUUAUGAGGAGGCCUGUGUUUAGACACUGGUUCUCAUGUAACUUAAAGAGCAUUUAUAUGUUAUGUUUUUAUUUUCCUCAAAUGGAUUAUUCUGUGUUAUUAAACAUGUGCAAGUUUGUCUUGUAGAAUAAAGGUUGUAAACUUAGUUUCAGAAGGGAGAAAGCUUACAUAUAAGCUAAGGUAUUUGACAUUGAGGGGAUUUGAAUUUUUAAAUAUUGAGUAUGUUACUAUUCUGAUUCUUCAGAAGGGACUGAGUCCCUUGAGAGGGAAUGUUGGGGAAUAAUCACAAUUGGUUGGUAACAUAGGUAAGAUGUUUUAUAUUCAUCAUAUGUUUGUAAGUUACUUCUCAUCAGAAUGUUAUUUUUGUAUAAUACUGUGGUGGGGUUGCAGUUAUCUGUUCUAUGUCAAGACUAAGUUGCAUGGGCCGCAGAGAGGGGAGAGGUCAAGGUAUCAUCAUGUGUAAACAUAUCUUUUGCUCCACUGUGUCUGUGUGCCAGUCACUCCCUACUUUUCCCAUCGGGGAGAGGAGAGUGGCAGUGUCUGGAAUCAUUCUAUGCUCUCCGUGAGCUUGUCCAGGAUUGGUUGUAUUUAGAAUUGGUUGUAUCUAAAUGACAAUUUGAUAUAUGCCUGUUGAUAUGGAGGAUUGGUUUAUGGUUCUAGGGUUUGAGUAAGGAGACAAAGCUGAACGAUUUAUUAUGUCUAUGCUGUCUGACUAUGUGUGUUCUUUGCUAUUAAAGGAUCUCAGUUGCAAUGUAGUGGAGCUCUCAGAGAAUUCAUGGAUAGACACUGAAUUGAUUUCUCUGAGAGUCACAGGGUUGUGAUAGAGCUCAUAUAAUUAAAGAUGGACUUUGAUAACUAA